CUGCGAAAAGCCCAGGAGGACGGAUGCUCAGCUGCCCCGAUGCUGUCAUCUGGGGUGGAACCUCUCCUCCAUUCCUCCGUGCCCACCGCCCUGGAGGGGCUGUACCUGCCGGGGAGCAGCUCCACAGGACACAUGGCUGUAGCAGAGCCCAGGGGGGGAUUGGAUGCGGCGUCCGAGGGAGCGAGGCCUGCGCUCACACACAGCGACCGGCUGCGGGGCACCACGGGAGUGGAGAACUUCUGCCAGGAGAGAGAGGAUUUGGGUGAUGUGCUCACGGUGACUUCUCAGGGGCCCACAGAACCCCCUCCUGAAGAAUCAGUAGAGGCUGGAGGCCUUGAAGAGGAUGAACAAAACAAGAAAAGCCACUUUAGGAAACUAGACUGUUGUGGUGAUGGGUACCGGAAAGAAGAGGAGGCGGCAGAAGAUGCUGAGGAGCAUCGUGCUGAAUGCUGUGCUUUAGCUCCUGGGGAAAGUUGGUCAAAACAAGAGGACCCUCACUUGGACCCGCCUGAGGUGAAGCCCUGGAGAACCUGUUGCACUGAAACAGUGGGAUCUCUGAAGAGCACAGAAAACCGUGUUCAGGUGACAGCUGAAACUCUGCCAAAGCUCACUGAAGAAGUACAAGGUAUGAAGGCUGAUGGGACUAAGAUGUUUAGUAAAGCAGGAUACAGGAGUGACGGAGUGAGUAAAGGUCUUCCACCUGAGAGCAAUGAAUGCCCAGACGUAGACACAGUCAUGGCCAGAGCUGGCGUUUCAGAAACCAGCACAUUAGAUUUUUUAGAGCCUUUAAAAGUCAUGGACGUUGAAUCAGCCACAGAGCAUCCACAAGAAACAAAUGAAUAUAAUGGGUUGAAAGCUGGUACUGCCAUGCCAUUGAGAACAGGGGGUAAUAUUGUCUCUAUUUUGGAGACUAGAGAAGAAAAGUUACCCAGACGAAAUCCUGUUAAUGAAUUCAGAACAUCACUUGCUGAUUGGCAGUCUUGUCAGCAGGAUGAAGAAAACAAUACUUAUGACUUCUGUACUGGUCCUGUACCUAAACAGGAUAAUGAACCUCAUAGGUUGUCAUCAGUAGAAAGCUGUGGAACACUCUCCACAAAAAGUUCUGAAGCUUUAUGUUCGGUUCUGAAAAGCAUCCGUUACCUGGACUUUAGAAAUAUGCCACUAGAAAACAAUAGUACUGCAGUCCAUGGAUUUAUCAAUGAAACCCCCAAAAAGUAUCUUCCCCAAAACACCGAAAGUCAGACUCACUAUGGUCAUGGAACUGGGUUUGUAGAAAAUCCAACCUCCUCGUCCGUAGCAGUAGAGCAGGUCUCAGUGGUAAGGAGAGAAGAAUUAUCUAGUGCUAAAGUUGAUCCCAGGGAAGUAAGCGCUAGGAUGGGUAAAUCACACAGCUCUGGAUUUGAAGAGGCUGCUGAAGUCCGGAGAAAAAUUGCCGUGGGAGAUAACGUUGAAGUUGGGAGCUGGCCUGAAGCUCAAGAGGGUGCUAAUUCUGAGCAUUGUCAUUCUUCAGUUUUUAGUUCUGUUGCUUCAUCUCCUGAGGAGCUCUCAAAAGAAAAAUUAAAAAUGGUCCUGUCAGAAGGUGAUAAGUUGGAAAAGGACCAGUGGCAAUUCCCUGUCGGUGAUAUAUGCAAGGACAACAUAAAAGAAAAUAGCCUGUUUAUGGAAACGAGCAACCCCGCUUCCCAUGAAAUGGGACAGACAGACACAUGCUUUUGUAAUACCUCCAGCAAAAUUUCUCCUCCCAGUAGCUACAGCUGUAUGGAUCUUAGCACCAAGCUAGAAAAAGGUUCACCUGAAGCACAACUGCUCGAAAAGGAAUCUGAGAGUAAAACAACAUCAGAAGAGUUGGCUGGCAGUUUAGUUGAAGCUACAGAACAUAACAGUAAUGACAGUUUGUCUGGUGGCAAAGAAACUAGUUUGAUUUAUACACUAAAUGUAUGUCUACCUCCUGUUGCACAAAAAUCAAGAGAACCUCAUCAUAAUGAGUGUCCUUGUACUGUUAAUGAAGUUUCAAGCAGGGACAAGGCUCGGAAUAAUCUAUCUGGAAAAGAAUCAAUUGGUGCUUCUGGAACAACACAGGAACAAGUCACUGAAAUUGUGCUUCAUAAAGACAAUUUCAAGUCUUCACUAUGUUCCAGGACUUCUGAUGACCCUAAGAUGACAAGCAAAAUUUCCCAAAAGAACAUGAAGUCUUCAGUGGGAAAUACAGAGAAUGUGGUCACUGCUUCAGUAAAUGAACAUGGUGACACAUGGAAUUGUAAUAAUCAGAGUAUCAAAGAGGAGUGUACAGCUGCCAGUGCUUCCUGUGUUUUAUCAGGGAGUACACGUGUAGAUGAUGUUCUCCUGAACAGUCAUACUUUUAACGUUGAGGUUGAUGAGAAGAUUGAGGAAAAUGAUAAUUUGGAAGGAGAAACUUCAGUUGGAUAUAACAGUAAAAAGGUGAUCAUAUUUCCAGAAGUAUGCUCCCCUUUGGCAUGUGGAUCUCUUCCUUGUGAAGGCGAGGGGGGCAACAGAGGUGUAGAUCUGCAUGGGGUAAAUGACAUUGUCACAGCAAAAAGCAUGUUUUGUUCAGCUCAUACUGCAGAGAAAGCUACUGCUACCUUGGUAAGAGAUGAGAUUUCAAAUAAGAACAUGGAGGUUGUGAAACAAUUUGAUCUUUGUAAAGUUACAGAUGGCAGUGAAAUUGUUUGUGACAGAGAUGAGGCAAAAGAUCAAACGGGCAUGUGUGCUCUCCAGGCAGAUGGAUUUGAUAAAAUAAGAACUGUGGAUUCCUCAAAGGCUCCUGAAGGCAAUCACAGAAAUAAGAGUAAUGAACGGCUCUUAGUCAGAUAUUUGAAGAAAGAAACCUGUGUUCAUAACUUUGGAUUUUGCAACUCCUCAUUAUGCCCAAGGAGAGAACUAGACACAUAUAAGAAGAAACAAGUGUCAUCACUUGCAGCUAAUCCCUCUGAGUGUAGUGUUUCAGCCACUGGUACGUGUCCCUUAUUCAGCAAGACAAAUAUUCAAACACAACGUGCUGCCCAAACAGAAAAGACCCUUCAUCCAAUGGAAAAUCAGUGUCUUGCAUCUCAGAGUGAGUUUGAGGGCCCAGUUACAGGCAACAAACAUCAUUUAGAAAGUUUAAACAAUCAAGCAGACACUGUAUUACAAACUAUGGCUACUUCUGGGGAAGAAACUAAAAUAUCAAUUGGCUCUCGUCAAAGUGAAGAGAUACUGAUAAAAACAGGUGGUGACCUGCCUCUGUUAGUUCAUAAAUAUGCAAAAGACACUUUUCAAGGAACUCUAAAAGAGAAUGUAGUGGACUUGGACUCUUUAAAUGGUGUGAGAAAUGAAGACUGUUCAGGGUAUAUGGGCUUUACCAGUGAUCUGAUUGAGAAGAAAACAGUCGAACUAAAAGAACACAAGAAUGGAUGUGAAAGAGAAGAUAAAGGAACUCUUGAAGAAAGCUUUUCUGAUAGCAAAUCGCAUUCCUCACAGCACACCUGCUCUAUCAAAUGUGCAAAAGGGAGUGCAGAGCUAUUGUUUGCAGGAAACAGAAUGCAGCCAUCUUUGCCAAAGAUCAAAUGGUUGGUGGAGGACCAGGAAAAUACAGUUAGUACCCAAUUUUUGCCUUUCUCAUCAGUCCAUGGGAGUCUGUCCUACAAGCCAGAAAAUAUGAAUGUGCUUUCAGAGACAGAAACCAAAAAAAGUCUGAGAGGAAGUUCUAUCUUAAAUAACUCUUGCCCACAGUUAACAUUUGAGCCUGGUAAAGAAACUGAAGCUCAAAAGCAUAUAGGUCCAUCCUGUUUUGGAAAGUUUGACAUCCAAGAAUCUUUUAAUGAGACUCAGGCAGAUUCAGAAAGACCGUCAGCUCUGAGCCUGGGAAUCACUCUGCCUGAGAAAGAAGAGCUGUGGAUGUCAUCUGAGAAUACACAAAGGAAUAAUUGUGAUUCGUCUUCAGCCAAAGUUUUUAGCAAAGAUUCUUCAGUGACAAAACUUUCUGUACCAACGUCUGUUAAAAGAAAAGGCAGCAAUAUUGAGAUUCCAUCUUCAGAGAAUGAAACAAAAACUAGCUUUCUGACAGGUGCAAAAAGCUCAAGAGUUUGUGCACCCAGCAAAGAAAGUCUGAGAGAGGAGGGGCACAGCAUGCUAACUGUAAAAGACAUGAAUGUCACCUCACCAAAAAGUGCUCACUGUGGAGAGAAGUUUAAGGACACAUCUGUAGAAGAGAAGAUGGGAGGAGAAGUAGCUUCUAGAAAGAUGCCCAUAAAUUCUUUUCUUGAUGGAGAAGAUGAUUGUCUACAGGCCUUGUUAGAAGAUUCAAAAGAGUCUGGUAGCAAAAUAGUCCCUCUUGAUACUGAGGUUUUGGAAGAAAUCCCAAGAGCUGACCUAAAUAAUCUUUUAAAAGAAAGGGGAAAUGCUACAGAGCUCGGAAACUUAGCAGGUACCAGUCUGCUUUCAGAUGCUGUGCGUGAUUGUCAAGCUGAAGACGCGUCUGAUGCAGAGGCUUCACCAAAAUUGCAGUAUAAUACAACACCCACGAUUUAUGCAUGUACAAGUAUGUUCUCAAACAGUUGCAAAGAAUCAUCCCCAAACUGUGUGGUUUGCAGUGAAGCUUGUGUGCCUUACAAAUUACAUGCACAGAGCAAAGAUAACGUAAAGGAGGUUGCCGAAGGCCAGGACACUGUAACAACUCGUUCAGGCUGCAAGGAAAAUGAAGCUUCGGGUUCAGAGAGACUUGAUCAAAUACAGAAAUGUCAGGUGCUUAAACAAAAGAAGCAUGAGAAGAUGGGAAUACGUCUGUCGGACAAGGCACAACAAAAAAACCAGAAGUCACAAUAUCAAGAGAAAGCAAAAAUCACACUGCAACCAAGUAUGUUGCACGGAUCUGAACUCUUACGCAGCUCUUCACAUGAGUCGGUGACAAGAAAUAUGAAAUUUGACGGUCCCUCCGAGGAGAUUUUUGCUGUCAGAAACAGUGAAAAUCAACUAUGUAGCACUUUAGAAGAAGUCAAAAGGCCAAAGAUUACCACAGAUAUUAUUAGUUCACAGUUUUUGAAGACUCAGGAUUCAGAAAUGGAAAACCUGAACCUUAAUUUAGGGUACGAUGGAAUCCCUGGUGCCUUUGAAACUACAAAUAAACUAAGAGGACCUCUUCCAUUAAAAAGACAGCCUGGAAGGACAUGCAAAAAAGUUCCCACAUCGUAUCAGCUAAAAAGCAUAAGAAAAAGCAAAAAAAUUAGAAGUUCACCUAUUUCUGAGAUUCCCCCAGAAAUAUUCCCUAAGCAGGAAAACACACUUCUCAAAUCUUUGUGCUCUCCAUGUAGCCCACCGACAAUGGAAACGGAAACAGCCAUGCGAUGUGUGCGUAUGCCAAGGCAGAGGGCCAAGAGGUGCAGUUUGUUGAACAGCUUGAAAUUUAGAAAAUGUACCAAAGAGCCAGCAUUGUUGGGCAAGCUGUCUGCAAUGGCCAGCAAACUCCUGGCGCCUGCCCAGAGCAUCCAGAACUUAAAACCUCAGCCGUAUUCUUCUGAAAUUCUUCCAGUGGCCGAGAGGUACAGCCAACGUAGAUCUAAAAAUCUAUUGGAAGCCUUUUCCUGCAUUAACAGGAGCGUACACUCACGCUGGGCUGACAGUUGGUGCACCAAGAUGUUCAGCUUUCAGCCUUUGGCACUUUAUCCUGUAGAAUCUACCAAAAUACUCUUUUCAGACUUGAGCCACAAGCCUCCGACCUCUUUCUUGGAAACCCCGGUUUUCCCAAUUUCUUUUCACAUCAAAUUGGACUCCAGUCCCGUGACAGACCGCACAGGGAUUACAUCGCAGCACUCUGUACAGCACGGACCCGUUUGGGGAGAAAUGUCAGCGCCUCCUUCAGAGUGGACUUUCUCUUUUCUCCUGUCUCAGAGCUGGUCAGAUACAACAGUUUACAAGGAAGGUUCCAGUCUAGCUAACGAGCUGCGUUCCUCUCUCUCUGUAACAAGCCCAAGGACUGUUGCCCUUCGCCGGGACCGUAGAAGAAAUGCCGUAGCGGAAAGAAGAGGACGUUGCUCUAUGCUUGGCCUUCACACAGUGUUAGCACUUUCCUCCCCUGGAUGUUACAGGAUUUGGACGAGAAGAAGAAACUUAACCAGUCAUAUUCCUACCAUCCAGAGACUAUUUAUAUCGCAAUUCGCACAGGGUUUGAAAGGGGCAAGGUACCCAACUUCUGUAUCCGAUGACCUCGUCUCUUCAUUGCCAUACUCAUUGGGCAGGGUCCUAUCCAUAUGGAGUCAGCACGGUCCUUCUGCCCGUCCCUCCGAAAUCACUCCUCUCCAUUCCAGUCACUGCAAGUGGCAGCCAAGUGUGGGCAUCGAGAACAGCUAUGCCGUGUUACCGCACUUACCUGUACAGAGUAUGGAAGCACUACAGGCUGCAGGUCGUGAGAUACGUCUGGAAACUUCAUUCCCUCUUCCGUUACCAAAGUCUUGUGCACUUCCAGAAUCCUUGCCAUCUCCCCCCAGGCUUCCAGCACCAGAGCUCCACAUCUGUGCUCUUGAUGAAGCUGAUGCUUCUGUUCCAGCCUGUCUUAGAUCCCAAGAUGACACAGAACCGAAAAAAAUUGAGUCAGAAAAGAGGCCAAAGAAAGUCUCACAGAUCCGAAUCAGGAAAACUGUUCCUAAGCCAGACCCUAACCUGACUCCAAUGGGGCUACCCAAACCAAAAAGGCUUAAGAAGAAAGAAUUUAGUUUAGAAGAAAUUUACACAAACAAGAAUUAUAAGUCCCCUCCUCCAGCCAGGAGCUUGGAAACAAUCUUUGAAGAGCCCAAGGAGAAAAAUGGACGCUUGAUCUCUGUCAGCCAGCAGAAGAGGAAGCGGAUUCUGGAGUUUCAGGACUUCACUCUUCCCCGGAAAAGGAAGACACGAGGCAAAAUCAAAGCAGUGGGUAGUUUCACCCGAGCAAAAAAAGCUGCGCUGCAGAGUGCAGAGUUAGAUGCUCUUCUGAUUCAGAAGCUAAUGGACCUUGAAGCUUUUUUUGCAACGGAGGCAGAGGAGGAGCAGGCCUCUGGCAUCUGAGGGAGCCAUUUAGCUGAAGAUGGUCCAAUCAGCUCCUCUAGUAUAUUAGUCCCAUUGGGAGAAAUCUACUGACUUCUUCAUACAUCGCUCUACCAGUCUCCUCUAAUAUCUCAUGAUCAGUUUUUGGCUGUGGCUCUCUGUAAGGUGCUAAUUUUUUUUUUUUUUUUUAUGCUAUUGGAGGGAUUCUUUUAGGUCCCUGUUUGAGUGUAACACAGCCACAUACAAUUUACCGUUCCUUCCCCAACAACUGGAAAUUACUGCUAGCGUUUAAUUAUGUUAAAGACCUUUUUGGGGGUAGAGUAGGAGUAUAAAGGAGGAAGUAGUGCACCUUCAGUGAUGCUAGAACUCUGUACUCCAGAUCAUUUGCACAUUUGAGUCUCCUGUUGUUACUGUAAUGGCUGUUUUGAACAACCUGACAGAAGAGAGAUGGUCUUUGAUAAAGAUGCAUUCUAGCAAACACAUUCGUGAUACACCACUAACUUUUUAAUAAUUAAAAGUAGCUGUCUGGGUUUGCUUCAGUUGUUUCUUCCUUCUGUUUACUUAGGAGGUCCCUUCUGAGUUUGUGCCCUUCCUGGCUUCAGGCACCAGAAGUCCCACAUAACUAGAUGUUAAAUAACUUGCACUUUGUAUAUAUUUCUUUAUUUGCUGCAUGAGGACACCUUUUAACAUGACUGAGCUCAAAAAAAGGUAAUAUUUUAAGAAAAAAUUGUGCCCAGUACUAAUUUUCCCAAAUAGUAGAGUUUUUAACUACUUGGCUGAUGUCAACCUCUUCUCCAGAGGAGAAGGUAAUUAGCCCACAAGGACGUUAAGCUGCAGGAUACGUAAGUAGAGGUUUUCAGUUAACUAAGCUGAGCUGCUGUAUGCAGGGAACACCAGCAAAAUCUUUGAGACUCAUUUUUAAGUUAUUUUAAUUCUAGUAUAAAUAUCAACUUGAUUUUAAUGCCAACGAGAACAUUUUUUUUCCAUCUUGAGGGGUGUUUUUACCAUUUUAGAUUUACAAUUCACAUAGCUCAAAAUGAGAUGUUCUGUAGACAGCACUGUUGUUCAUAAUAGCCAGUGUUGUACAAAGCAUGUGGAAAGCUUUUCUUUUUUUCUCAUUACGUCAGGCCAUUUGUAAUUAUCUGAUGCAGCAAUUUCUCAGCUCUACCCUUUUGCAGGAAGAGAGCUCCCUUCUGGGAUAACUUCUGUUAAACUUACUUGAAGCAUAAUUCAAAAUGAAUGCUAGCUGCUGUUCAGGUAAUUUAUGUCCUUUAGUGCCUAUAGAAGUUAUUCAGGCAAAGCUGUCGUUGCUGGGAUGCUCAAAUUUGAUUAGUCUGUUCUUUCUUUCACUUGUCACUUGAAACUUGCACUUUCUUAUUUCCCUACCCAUAUAAUAGAGCUUCUAUUUACCUUCAACAUGAGCAAAUAUCUAGUGGGUGGGUAUUUUUAAUAACGUCCCAAUAAAUGCAGGACUGAAAAUACCACCAUUAUCUUCUGUUGCUCUGCCACUUCUGUUACUGGCCAAACAGAAAACUAAGAAUUAACAAGUGAUCUGUUGAAUUCCAGAGCUUUGAAAGCAGAAAAAUGGAAGAGGAUUAUUACACUGUGUGUGUCUGAGUCUUGAAAGAAAUGUAAUCUGGGCUUGUUCUGCUCCCAGUUUAUGUGCCAGGAUUCCUAGGAGUUUACAUUCUUCUUUUGGAGACUAAUUCUCUUUAAUCAGGAAGACUGAAAGAAAGAAAAGAGUACACAAAGUAGCAGUGUUUGGGUUUUGAGGGUAAAAUAACAAGGCGGGCAAAUUUUGAAGAUGUUGACAUACUAUUUCAGCAGCAAGGUCUGGUUAACCUGUUUGGGCUGCUAGAGAACAUUUUAAUUGAUCUUCUUUAUUUUUAUAAAAAGAAAUCCCUAAAAAAUAAAGGUCGACUGCCUUUUAAAAAAUGUUUGAAAAUUUCCCUAUAGUGGUUAUUAGCCCAAUUAUUGACUGGUUGGAAGAUGUAGCAAGAGUGAGAUAUAUAUUUUUAUGGGUUCAUGCUAUAGAAUGGGAUUGUUACACAGCAUUCACUCCCCUUCUGUUAAUAAGGGAGGGCUGUGACAGAAUUACUGGGGCUUUUAAGGAAACAAGGAUGGGAGGUGAGGAGGGGGUGAGGAAACUUGGGUCCAGGCAAAUGUGCUUCAAAAUGUGGAAUAUGUUGUGGUUUUCCAUUGGGUUGUGGGUUUUUUGGUUUGGGGGAUUUUUUUUUGUUUGUUUGCUUCCCUGCUCUGUCUUGUUUCUGAUUGCUUGGAAAUGACAUUUCUUAGCUUUCCUUUUAACAGCUACAGCAGAGAGAGCAGAGCAAAGAAAACACUCCAUUCUCUUUUGUUUACAAUAAUUGGAGGAGUUACAAAAUGAUGUUGCAGUUACCUAGCUUGUCCCAGACCUUAGUUUGUGGAAACACAAAUAUACAGCAUUAUUCUGUUCUGGUUUAGAAUUUGUAUGAUGACAGAGAUGUAAGUUAAUGGAGACAAAGCAUCUCUUCCCUCCCUCUAGCAUACAGGUGUCAGUCAUGCUUGUGCACUUUCUCAUUUUCCCUUUCCCUCCUCUUUCCUGUUUAUAGCACUCAUGGAACAGCCUUGUUCCUUGUGGCUGCUGCUUGUACACUGGGAGCAGUGACUGUGCAAAAGCAAGGUAUUGCCCACUCUGAGCUGCUUCUGUCCCAGAUAAUUGAAAGAAAAAAGUAUAGAGAAUGCAUCUUUUGGGGUCUUCCCUCGCUGAAGGGUAUGUACACUUGCCUUUUCAUGAAGUGAACCCACUCCAAUGGGAAUAUUUUUGUAUCAUCAUGGAAAGACAUUGUACAGAUUGCUCACAGAAUGAUGACCAGAGCAGCUUGGGACGAAUUGCAAAGCUUUUGCCAUGUACUGUCUCUCAGUAGUAAGUUUUGGAGAGCCAGGCAGCUCUUUGCAAAAUUUGCUGAUUAUGGGAGGAAGAAAGAUCACUUAAAAAUAAAUAACUAACUCUUAUUUUCACCAUAGUAAGACUGGAGCAGCUAAGGCUACUUAAUGUAUAUUACAGCAUUUGCCCAGCUGGCCUUGUGGCUGCAUACAUUUGAGUUCUGAUGCUUGCUGGAUGUGAUUUUCUGCAAGCAGUUCUCAUUUAUUGUGUUUGAUUUGAGGUGAGCCUUUGGUAUAUUAUGUUCCAGGUGCUCUUCUAGAAUGUGGAUGGUAACUGUGGAUUAAAGGUCUGUGUGAUGCUAUCAAGUUAACGAACAGCUCAAUGAGAAUUUGUACACUUGUGCCAUUAGCCUUCAUCAUGCUCUUGGCAUUUUGUUUCUGUUCAAUAUUGUGUGAAUCUAAAAUUUUACUGUUUCUUUCGUGUGUGUUUUUAAUUUAUGGAAAUAAAUUUUUCUGAGACCCUUUCA